UCCAUAGCAACAGUAAACGGACUCGGGGUCUCCAGGGGGCAGAUACUCGCUUGAGAAUAAUUUACUCUUUAAUAUUGUAUUUAGAAGCGAUAUAAAGUUUUAUACACUUUUAUCACUGUUAGAAACGAGGUGUGGCGUUUCCUUUGCUACGCUGACAAAAUAAAAUAGAAUAGAAUUAGCUAAAAUUAGCUGAAACAAUGCCAGUGCCCCAGAAACCAGGGACAGUUCGCUCCAAACAGGGAUCGAUUGCUCUCUCUCAGUCUAAAGCACCUGCUGCAAAGAGUAACAAAGUCUCCAUUAAGAAAAAGGAUGACGAGGAUGGAACAGAGGCUGGUGAUGGAGGAGAAGAGUGGAUGCAGGGGAAGGUUUUAGUGAAGCCUGCAGAUCAGCUGGACCUCUCUGAAGCUGAGCUGAAAGAGGAGUUUACUCGUGUCUUGACAGCAAACAACCCGCACGCUCCGCAGAACAUCGUCAGAUACAGCUUCAAAGAACGCUCUUACAAACCCAUCAGCAGUGUGGACCAGUUGGCUAUUCACUUCGUGCUGGAGGGCAAUCUUCUGCACAAAGACUCUGAUGAAGCUCGAAGACAGAGAGCUAAACAAGAGAUUCCAGAAGAAAAGCCAGCUGAAGCUUCUAUAGAAGAAACUGAAGAAAAGCCAGACACUCCGGCGGAUUUGACUGAAGAUACUGGUGAUGCAGAAGAGGGAGCUGGAGAAGAAAGACCUGACAGUGUGGACGUCAAGUCUGGGAAGAUGGAACGCAAAGUCACCAACCAGUUUAACUACAGCGAGAGAGCUUCUCAGACCCUCAACAACCCUCCCAGAGAAAGAGGAUGUCAAACUGAACCUCCACCUCGAGCCAAGUUUUCUGCUACAGCUAACCAGUGGGAGAUCUAUGAUGCCUAUGUGGAGGAGCUGCAGAAACAGGAGCAGAGCAAGGAGAAACAGAAAACCCUCGUCUCCAAGAAAGAGGAAGACAAAGGCAAGAAGAAGAUGACAGUAGUGGAGAAUCCGAGUGAUGACAUUACCAAAGUGGCAAAGGUAACCAAGAUCAUUGAGCGCAUGGUGACUCAGAACACCUUUGAUGACAUUGCUCAGGAUUUUAAGUAUUUUGAAGAUGCAUCAGAUGAAUUCAGAGAACAGGAGGGCACACUUCUCCCACUGUGGAAGUUCCAGUAUGACAAAGCCAAGCAUCUGUCAGUGACUGCUCUGUGCUGGAAUCAAAAAUACAAAGACCUGUUUGCUGUAGGACUUGGCUCAUAUAAGUUUACCAAGCAGGGACGGGGCAUGCUCCUCUUCUAUUCUCUGAAGAACUCCACCUACCCAGAGUACAUCUUCACCACCCUGUCAGGAGUCAUGUGUCUGGACAUCCACAAGCAGCUGUCCUCCCUAGUGGCAGUGGGCUUUUAUGAUGGUUCUGUGGGCGUCUAUAACCUGAAGGAAGAAGGGCCGCAGCCCAUCUACAAGAGCACUGCCAAAAUGGGCAAACACACAGACCCUGUGUGGCAGGUGAAGUGGCAGAAGGAUGACAUCGACAACAAUCAUAACUUCUUUUCCAUCUCCUCUGAUGGUCGUGUGGUGUCGUGGACUCUUGUGAAGAAUGAGCUGGUAUUCACAGAUAUCAUUAGGCUCUCUGUAGAAGGGUCUAUUUCUAAUGGACAAGAGGGCAUGCAGCUUCCUGCUAUGGCCUGCGGAACAUCUUUUGAUUUCCAUCAGCAGAUUGACUACUUGUUUCUCAUUGGCACAGAAGAGGGCAAGAUUCACAAGUGUUCCAAAUGCUACUCCAGUCAGUUCCUGGAGACGUACGCUGCGCACAACAUGGCGGUGGACGCAGUGAAGUGGAACCAGUUCCAUCCUAAAGUCUUUAUCUCCUGCAGCUCUGAUUGGACUGUCAAGAUAUGGGAUCACACCAUCAAAAGCCCCAUGUUCACUUUUGACCUCAAUGCGCCCGUGGGAGAUGUGGCAUGGUCUCCAUACUCUUCCACUGUGUUUGCUGCUGUCACCACGGAUGGGAAGGUCCAUGUGUUUGACCUCAGCAUCAACAAAUAUGAAGCGAUCUGCCAGCAAGCGGUGGCGGCUAAGAAGACGAAGCUAACUCACAUAGAGUUCAACCCCGUCUACCCCAUCAUCAUCGUGGGCGACGACCGGGGCUACGUCACCAGCCUCAAGCUGUCUCCCAACCUCCGCAGGAAGCCCAAGGAGAAGAAGGGUCAGGAGUUGCCAAAGGGCCCGGAGGUGGAGGUGGCCAAGAUGGAGAAGCUGUUGAGUUUGCUGAGGGAACCUGAUUUGACAGUGAAUCCACAGAAUUGAUGCUUUAGUAAGUCUACCAGGCCAUGUUAUCAUCUCACCAAGCACUGCAGAACACUCAUUUUCUCAAUUUUUAGAUUUCUUAUUACAUUCAAAGAUAUAUGUAAAUUACAUGCACCACUAAAUAAACCAUAUCUCUAAAGGUUUGUGGAUACUUCACCUAUUGAAUGCAUUCAGCUACUUUUAAUUGUACCAUUGCUAAAACAUAUGUGCACAUGCACAGACCCACUAAUUCAUUUUAAAAUUUGUAACACAUAAUGGGGAUUUCAGCACGUCAGUCCUGUGACUUCUGUCAGCUUGGAACCCAAGAAGAUAUGAAUGCAUUAUUGCAUUAAUGCAUAUGCCCUGAGAUUGUCUUGAUGUACACUGCACUAUGACUAAUCUUAUUAAUCCAGAAUCCUUCUCUGGACCCAGUUUUGAUAUUAUUACAUGAUAAUAAUUCUAGUGUCUAGAUUGGUGUGACAUCCUGUCUGGUUAAUCUGCAUGACAGCUACAAAAAUAUUACUAUUAUUAUUAUUAUUAUUAUUAUUAUUAUUAUUAUUAUUAUUAUUAUUAUUAUAGUUGCUACACCUUCUACAUAUUGUUUCAUUAGUUUAGGAGUAUGGGUAAUGGGCAGGAGAAUUUAGAUUGUUGUGCUAUAUGUCUGCAAAGGUUUAGAAAACUCAUAUAUUUGAAUUAUAAAAAAGACACAUGCUUGCAGAAAGAAUGGAACAAGAUAAGACCUGAAACACUUCAUCGCUUGGUGUCCUCUGUGCAACAUUACAAAUUGGUAAAUGCAGUACUGUUAUUUAUUUAUUUGCUGUACCACUUUUUUUGGCUGAGCAAACUAAACAAUAAAUAUAUUGGGUUCAUACUCUCAAUGUAAA